GAGUGCGAGGUUGGGUUUAUUUUCCUGGAGCUCCUAAGGAGCCUGGGAGGGAAGAGGGGCCCUGGUUUUGGUUUUUCCACCUUCCCUCCUCUCUUCUCUCCCCCCCCCCCCCGGUUUAUUUUUAACUACUGCUCCUAUUUUGGGCUAUUUUCCCCCCCUUCGUCCAAGUUGACUGUUCAGAGAUCGGCGACUUCCAGGCGGCGCUGGCUGACUUCGCUGGCCGGGCUGAGGCGCUCUGAGCCCGGGCAAGCCUCUCCUGGAUCCCUCCCUGCUCAGAGGCUGUGGAUGAAUUAGCUUUCGCUUGUAUCUCGUUUCCCGCCGCCGGAUGCUGCCUGGCAUUUUGGGGGCUGCUUUUCUUCGCCGGCUAUGAGGGAUCUGCGUUGAAGAUGGAGAUGAUUUGUUUUUUCUUGCUGGCGGUGGUGCCGGUGUCUAUCAGGGGAGACGGGGUUUAUGCUCCAGCUCAGGCCCAGAUCAUCCAUGCUGGGCAGGCCUGUGUUGUGAAGGAAGAUAACAUCAGUGAACGAGUGUACACUAUCCGGGAGGGCGACACGCUGGUCUUGCAGUGUCUGGUCACCGGACACCCACGACCACAGGUGAGGUGGACCAAAACUGCUGGUAGUGCCUCGGACAAAUUCCAGGAGACAUCGGUGUUUAACGAGACCCUUCGGAUUGAGAAGAUCCAGAGGCUGCAGGGAGGCCGCUAUUACUGUAAAGCAGAGAAUGGGGUUGGGGUCCCUGCCAUCAAGUCCAUUCGAGUAGAUGUGCAGUAUCUAGAUGAGCCCAUUCUCACCGUCCACCAGACCAUCAGCGAUGUACGUGGCAGCUUCUACCAGGAGAAGACGGUCUUCCUCCGGUGCACCGUCAACUCUAACCCUCCUGCUCGCUUCAUCUGGAAACGGGGUGCUGAGACACUCUCCCACAGCCAGGAUAAUGGAGUGGAUAUCUAUGAGCCACUCUACACACAGGGUGAAACCAAAGUUCUGAAGCUGAAAAACCUGAGGCCACAGGAUUAUGCCAGUUACACGUGUCAGGUGUCCGUCCGGAAUGUCUGCGGCAUCCUUGACAAGUCAAUCACUUUCCAGCUCACUAACACAACAGCUCCACCCGCUCUGAAGCUGUCUGUCAAUGAGACCCUGGUGGUGAACCCAGGAGAUAAUGUCACUAUGCAGUGCUCCCUGACAGGUGGCGACCCACUGCCUGAGGUGGUCUGGUCUCAUUCACCCAGCCCUAUGCCUCACAACAGCCUUAUUCAAGAGGGUAACCUCACCAUCUGGGGGAUCCGCAUGGAAGAUUCAGGCUACUACAAUUGCACGGCCAUCAACAAUGUGGGGAACCCAGCCAAGAAGACAGUGAAUCUGCUGGUGCGAUCCAUGAAGAACGCCACCUUCCAGAUCACUCCUGACGUGAUCAAGGAGAGUGAGAGCAUCCAGCUAGGGCAGGACCUGAAGCUCUCGUGCCACGUGGAUGCCGUCCCCCAAGAGAAGGUCGUCUACUUCUGGUACAAGAAUGGGAAACCAGCCAGGGUCUCGGACCGACUGCUUGUUUCUAGGAAUGACCCUGAGCUCCCACCAGUGACCAGCAGCCUGGAGAUCAUUGACCUGCGCUUCAGUGAUUAUGGCACGUAUCUGUGCAUUGCGUCCUUCCAGGGGGCCCCCAUUCCCGACCUCAGUGUUGAGGUGAACAUCUCUUCAGAAACAGUGCCUCCAACCAUCAGUGUCCCCAAAGGCCAGUCCACCAUCACCGUUCGGGAGGGCUCCAGGGCCGAGCUGCAGUGCGAGGUUCGAGGGAAGCCCAAGCCACCCAUCAUCUGGUCCCGGGUAGACAAGGAGGCCCCCAUGCCCUCAGGUGCCAUGACAGUGGAGACUUACGAUGGGAAGCUGCGCCUGGAGAGUGUUAGCCGAGAAAUGAGCGGGACCUAUAAGUGUCAGACAGCCAGGUACAAUGGCUUUAACAUCAGACCCCGGGAAGCCUUGGUACAGCUCAACGUGCAGUUCCCCCCAGUUGUGGAACCAACUUCUCAGGACAUCCGCCAGGGCAUGGGCCGUAGCGUCACCCUGCGGUGCACCAUGCUGAAGGGGAGCCCCAUGAAGGUAGCCACAGCCGUCUGGCGCUUCAAUGGGAACCUCUUGACACUGCUCCCCACAGAACAGCAGGACUACUCGGAGCUGAAGGUGGACAGCGUGAACCGGGAGACCAGUGGUAGCUACGAGUGCAGCAUCUCCAACGAUGUGGGGGUCGCCAUCUGCCUCUUCCAGGUGUCUGCAAAAGCUUACAACCCAGAGUUUUACUACGACACUCCCAACCCCACCCACAGCCAGAAGCAAUCCAAGAACUACUCUUAUGUCUUGCAGUGGACACAGAAGGAACCUGACGCAGUGGAUCCCAUUCUCAAGUACCGGCUGGAUGUCCGGCAGCUGAAUCAGAGGAACACUGUCCAAACGUUAAUUCCUGUGAAGAAGAUGGAGAAAGGCCUGCUGCUGGAGCACAUCCUGCGCAACCUGAAGGUUCCCCAAAGCUAUGAGGUUCGCCUGACGCCCAUCACCGAUUUUGGGGCUGGUGAUAUGGCUGCCCGCAUCAUCCGAUACAUGGAACCGAUUAACUAUCCCAACCCGGCAGAUAACACCUGCCGCUUUGAGGACGAGAAGAUCUGUGGCUUCAUGCAAGACAAGAUGGACAACUUUGACUGGACCCGUCAGAAUGCCUUGACUCAGAACCCCAAGCGCACUGUCAACACAGGGCCACCCACAGAUAUCAGUGGCACGCAAGAAGGUUAUUACAUGUUCAUUGAGGCCUCCCGGCCCCGGGUGACAGGAGACAAGGCCCGGCUCAUCAGCCCCCUAUACAACAUCACCGCCAAGUACUUCUGCGUCUCCUUCUUCUACCACAUGUACGGGAAGCACAUUGGCUCCUUGAAUCUUCUGGUUCGUUUGCGGAACAAACGGGCCAUUGACACCCAAGUCUGGUCGCUCAGCGGGAACAGAGGAAAUGAGUGGCAACAAGCACACGUCCCCAUCAACCCCCCAGGACCCUUUCAGAUCAUCUUUGAAGGCGUGCGCGGCACAAGCUACGAGGGGGAUAUUGCCAUUGACGAUGUCACUCUGAAAACGGGAGACUGCCCAAGGAAGCCGAUUGGCCCAAAUAAAGCAGUCGCCCUUCCGGGGAACAGUGUCCCAACCCUGCACAGGUCUUCUCUCGGUGGGCCACUGACUUUUUUCCUUUACAUGCUGCUCAGAUGAUGGCAAGCAAGUGCUCCGGUCUUCUGGCCAAGACAUUCCUGCUCCUUUCCUACUCAGCCACCUCUGCUCCUCUUCCUCCCCCUCCUCACUGGCACACCAAAGUGUCCAUACGUUACCAAAGACUGACAAGCAUGACCACGCAAAGGGAUCUGCUCAGGACCUGGUGGAUUCCUCAAGAAAGUCAUAAUGUCUAAAAUAAAUAAAUAAAUAAAAACAGAAAAUGAGAGAGAGAGAGAGAGGAAGGAAGGAAGAAAACAAUCACACAAGAAGGAAUGAAGAAAAAUGGGAAUGACAAAAAUGUAAAGAACGAAUGAAGGAGGAAACUCCCCCUCCCCGUGUUUCCUUGGGAACAUUGGACAGGACUUCCUCAGGGAAGUGGGAACUUUGUUUUAAACAAAAUAUAUAUAUAUAUAUAUUAAAGCACAAAUUUCUACCAGAACUGUUACCUUCUUUACUGCAGAGCCCACAGCUUAGGAGACAGUGUACCGCAGCGCUCCCCUUUUGGCUCUCCGUGUUCCACCUUUAUCCUUCUGGCUCUGGCUACCGUGUACCAGCUGCAGUGCCCCUACGGUAACAUCCCACCUGCCUCCAUGUGGGGCAGCUCACCUCCUGAGUGCUGGUUGGCCAUAGCCUCUCGCUCCAUGCUGCAUGUGCUUCAGUGUCUCCAUCUGCAUCUUCCAGACUUCCGUGUAUUCAACUGUCUAUGUGUGAUUUGCUUUAAUCCACACCGCACUCCUUCCCCCACUCUCUGUGUCCUCCCGCCCCGACUCCAACCCAAAGAAGACAACAGCGGAGUGGACCCAUCAUCUGGAUUGUACUGAGUGGUGGAAAAACCCUGGGUCGAUCCAAUUGCAGCACCAGCCACCGAAUGCUCCCAGGUGCUUCUCUCUCUGCAUCUCUCACUUCCCACUGCUGGGUGCACAAACUCUGAUGAUGGAGCCGAGGCUGCAAACAAAAGCUGCAGGUGGCAGGGUGGUGACAUGCGGACAGCACUUGUCAGUCAGUGGACAUUGGAGUGGGAGCUGCAGCAGCCUUGGGGCCAGGAUCUCCUCUCAGCUUUUUUUGGUUAACUAACUUAUUUCUUUCUUCAUUCCAUUGUUAGCCUUCCCCGCCCCCAAGCUCCUAUUUCCUUUCAGACUGUGGGGAGGGGCAUGGAUUUGCACCCUUUACAUCCCCCCACCCCAAACCACAGGCCUCUCCUAGUCUCCAACCCUUGUGCCCACUGAAUGGAUCUGAAAUUGCAGCUGCUGCCUUGAGCUCCCAGGACUUGUGGUUCCCCAGAUGUGCAGGGGGGCAGCUGUGUUCCCUUCGCUGGGGUAACAGAGGAGCCAGGGGAUGGAAUGGGCACUAAAGCUCCUGGGUAACUGGGCAGAGCAGGUGGCUGGAUCCCAAAGAGGGGAUAGUUCUGGUUUUCACUUCUGUUGGCUGCUGGGGAAGAGGGUGCAGGUAGGGAGAAAGUUGGGAUUUCUUCGUCAUGGAGUUCAUGCUGCCACCAUGAAGGAAUAAAGCCAAUGUCUCAGGAGAGUUGCCUCUUGGCUCUGACCCUGUUCCAGCCAGAUCCAUCCUGCUCCCUACAGCAGCCAUGGCUUAGCCUGGGGAUGACGUGGUGGGUAGGCAUCUGCUGUACCAUGUGAACUCAGGAGCAAGGUCUCCCAUAGGCUAGCCAAGUAGGAGCCAUGCUGACCUUGUUGUGGCUGGAAACAGCUCUAGGCCUAUCUUGGUCUCAUCCCUCCCUCCAAAGAAUAAUGUUAGCUGUACCUGUGUGGAUGGCUCUCAGGGGGAGUGCAUCAGUGCGUGCUGGGGAGAUUCAGCGAGGUGACAUGCUUUCCUCUGAGGCACACCCAGUCUGCAUGUUACUCCCAGGGCACAGCAGAGGUACACUGACCUGUCUCAGGUGUAGAGUCAACAGCACACGUGUCCCCACCCCACCCUCUCUGAUGACUUUAUCAUAAAUUUAGGCUUCUCUGGACAAUAGCGUGUCACUAAAUCAACUCAAAGUAUCACCUGCCCAAAGCCUUCUGCAGUGCUUGGCUUCCCAAAAUGUCUGAGGCCUGGCUUCCCCCUCACACCCAGUGGGGAGGCCUGUGUUCAGUGCACUACCUUACUGUCCAAGAGACCCAUCCUCCAGUGCUGGAUCCAACUGCUCACUCCUCAGGCCUCUAGGAGAUGACAUCUUGAGUCAUUCUGCAGUGACCCUUGUGGCCAGCGUAGGAUGUGUGCUGAUGGGCUCCAAAGGGAGUCCCAUCCAGUCAUCCUCAGCCCAAAAAAAGGGUGUUGGGUUGAGGAGAUCCUUCACAGAGGACUUCCCAAAAGAUAUCAAAGGGUCCAGCCACGGGGUUCCAAAACUCCAUUCCCUCUAUGGCUAACUGAUGGUUUUCCUGCUCUCCAGGACUGAGGACUCUGCCCUCUUCAUCUGCUUAGUCCCUCCAUCUCCUGAGCCAAGAUCUUUGUUGCAGUGAACAUUUAGCAAGGGAACAUGGUACCAUUGCUAUUGGCCAGGUAUUGCAGUGGGGCCCUUGCAGAGUAACCUCUCCCCACUGCCAGCAGACCCCAGGGAAUGCAACCAACCAGCCCCCAGCUUUUUAGAAAGUCUCCUUCAAUUCUAUGCCCUGGAAUGUGGUCUCUCCAGGAAGCAGCUUUCUUUCCUCCUUGUAUGCUUUCUAGGGGGUCUGAUCUUAAUCCUUGGAGGAGAGUUGGUGCUCUCCCCAGGCAAAGCAGGGGCCUAGUGCUGUCUAAUGAUUUGGGUCAGCUGCAAAAGUUCCCUCUCAUGUUGCAGCAGGCCUUGGGGUGGGGUGGAGUAUGUUCCCUUCCAAAAGAGCUAGCCAUGAGAGCCCAUAUUUCCUUCUCGAUGUGGGGGUGGGGAGGAGGCAGGUCAUGAAUUUGCACCUUUUGACAUUUUGGGGGGAUGUGGGGUGAGCUCUUGUGAUAACGUUCCCCUGAAGAGGAACAGCGGGAGGCAUCCUGCAGAGCUGGCAGGGGAGGUGGAGGAGAGGGAUCAAGGUCUUGAGCAAGAACUAUCCCUGAACAGACAUAGGUGAGAAUGGACUGAUUCUAAAAAGGGAAACCUGUGACCCCUACGUCCCUGCUCUGCUGCAGCAUCUGGCCCAUUCACCACACACGGAGGAAUGUGCCAGAGCCACUGAGCUGACCCACCACGCUCAAGGUCACCGUCCAGUCCGUGGUAUUGGAGCAGCGUAGAUUUUCCUUUAGACAGCAAUUGCCUUCUCCAGCCACUGGGUUCAAAUGAUCACUGCUUUUUGGCCAAUUUGCCCUUGUAUAAAUCUCAGGGAGCCCCUGUUCAUCCCUCCCUUCCUAGAUUCCUUUCCCCUUUAUGUGUGGCUUGAAAGCAGCUGGUGUUGUGUUUACCAGAGAUUCAUUAACCCAAGUGCCUCAGCUUGUCAGAUGUAUUAAGGAUGAAAGGAAGGAAUUCAUUGCACUGUCAGCAGUGGUGAGUGUGCGGGAGCAGAGGAAGGAGCCAGUUCAGCAGCAAGGCUGCCUAAAUUCAGGGGGAUGGAGGCUGCACAUGAGAGUAGGAACAUGCUGUUAUUCCUGAGAGGCCUGGCCACCUUGGCCUGGGACCUCACAAACUAAGCUGGGUUGUGUUAAAUAGAUGGGAGACUCCGUGGAAACUCCAGGUCCUGCAGGAAAUAGUAUUUUUGGUUAGGUAACCCCAGCCUCUGCACUGAGCUUUCGGAAGAGGUCUAAAACUAUAUUCUGUAUCCCAUGUCAUUAAAGAUCGCCUGGCACUUUAAACUGAUGUUAAACCCAGUGUCCUGGGCAAAUUAUAAUCCUUACAUUUCAUUAGUGUCCUUCCUUCAGUUUCUGAUGCAGUUUCAAUGAGAUACAUUAUCCUUCACUUCCUGACCUUCACUGUUGUUGUGUGACUCUUAAGUUCCAUUCCAGAGGUGGCUGCAUUUCAGAUUAUUACUCGCUAUAGUUGGGAAACUCCUGCAGGAGAAAAGGUGCUUAUAUCUAUGUUCAUGACUGUGUUUAUUUACAGGGCAAUCUUUGGUAGGUAGGUGUAGAGAUGAAGUAGGGCAAUUGCUAUGUGGGUGUAAUCCAAUAUAUACUCAGCCCUUUUUUUUUCAGUACGUGAAACAAAAUGUGCGUGCACAGGCAUAGAUUGCAGGUAUCCGAUGUCGUGAGUGAUAUUGUAUAGUUAGGCUUGCAAGGGAAGUUUUAUUUGAAACCUCUCUGCAGUUGCUCAUUGCAUUCUGAAAAAAAAUAUUUUGUUUUUAUUGUAAUUUCCCACAUUUGAGUAACAGCCCCAGUCACAGAUCACCAACCUAGGGUUUUCAGCUCUGCAAGCAUGCACGCACUAUCACCCCUUGCAGUACAGGUGCAACUUCUUUUGCUGGUGCAGUAGUAGGCUUUUAUCCUUUUAUAUGGCUCAGCCACUAGAAGGCAACACAACUGGCAUGUUAUAUUUGAUCUCAGGUCAUGAGCAAGUACAUUGGAAAGUCUGAGGGAAAAUCUUUCCAGCCACUUUGGAAUGAAAGCGAGCAGGAAAAGAAAUACGUCUUUUUUGCAUUAUUUAAAAAAUUAUUCAAACUUUUUUUUAACUCACAACAAGUUCAAAAACAACUGAAGUUUAAAACAUUACGUUUGACACGUGUACAAAUCUAACUCUGUAUCAUCUCUCAGUGCACCAGCUAAGAAUCAGUCUUGAAAAAAUGUUACCCUGGGGGAAGCAGUUUUAUCGGGUUGGGGGGAGGUGUUGGGGAAGCAGUACAAUACAAAUGUUUGUUCACAGGAUUAGCCUGGUACAUUUCAUGAUAGUUUUGCAAGGCUGAUUGAUGGCAUGUAUAUGUAUUAAUAAUCAUGCUACAAAUGGCAUUUCGUUCCCAGCUGCUAUUCAAGGCCACUGAAAUUUUAACUUCUUAGUAUACUAGGCCCUUUAGGCCCCAGCCCACUCAGAAACACUGCAAAGAGUCUUCAGUAUCUGUGAGAGAGCAGGCACCCUACUUCACCUCCUAGCCUGGUCUGUUCCUAGUCCCUGCAAGCCAGCAGCACCAGGAAAGCUGCUGUAUCUCUGGACUGGUGUUUUGUGCUUCUCAGCCAACAGACGGUACCGGGUUUACAAUGGUGCCAGAGGUGCCAUGGAGCUGGGCCCAUGCUCAGAAGGGGCCCCGGCCUGCUCCGCUUGCACUGUGCCCCAAGACCCUGCCAGCCCGUUGUUCCCCUCCACACUCUAUCACUUGCUCCUCUUGGCCUGCCCGCCACGGACUCCUCUCUGCCCCCUGGCCGGACUCCAGUGCGCCUCCGGCUCCGGGCAGUCUCUCCUUCCCACCGCCCCUGGGACCCCACCUGUCUCCUCGGAGCUGAUCCUCCUGGGACUGGUACAGAAGCCCAGGCAGUCGGAGGGGGAAGGAGGGGACAGUGGGGGGGGCUGGCUGGGCCCCUCCAGGCAAGUGGGUCCUGAGGGAGCCCUGGCCGGGGCAGUCCCUGGCCUGGAUGAUCGCGCCACUCCUGAGGGGCCAGAGCGAUUCCCUGCCCCGGGACCAGCCCUGGCUGCGCUGCUGGCUCAGCCCAGCAGACACAGUCGCCUCCCAGCAGGGCUGGUGAAUGUGACCAGGAG